CAAAAGUUCGUGACCGUUCAUGCUAACUACCCAACUAUCAUCCUCUACCACCAUGAUAGAAAUUAGAAUGUGAUAUAAUUAGCCUCAUUAGCUUCAUUAGCUGUAGAUUACGACGAACAAAUGUUAGAGAGUGGUAAAAGAUCGUAACUUGUAACGGGUAGCUCGGAUUUUUUUUUUACUUGGAAUAUUAUCCGAAAUAAUUAUUUUUUUUUGGGAUCAUGGAUAAUGAUUCCCCGUUAUCAGAAAAGAAUUUAAGAGAAGGCCGUUUCCUUUUUAACAGUCAACAGACGGCGCCGGUUAGCUUCAAUUUUCCCUCUUCCGACUUCACUCAGACAGUCUAGGUCGCCGACUUUUUCCUCGCCAAAACCCCGCCAUCCCUAAACCCUAAUUUCGCAAUCUCCGUCUACAAUGCCGGGACUCGCACCGGCCGAUUCCGCCGACGGGGGGCCCGACUCAGUUAACGGAGCACUCGUGCCUUACUUGCCAGAUUCUCAUGUCUCAGCUAUAUACCCGCUCCGACACGGUCUGAACCCACCGAUCUCCCGCGUCUCCGUCUCAUGGGGCCGCGGAAAUUCCCUCCGCGUCUCAGUUUUCCGGCAGCCGGAUUCCGACGGAGGAGAAGUCGGAGGUAAAGUGGUGGAGCUGACUCUCGGUAAAAGCAGGGACGGCGAGAUCAGUGACGCUCAGUGGCGGAAAAUCGCGUACGGCUCCGUUUCCCCCUUUGCACUUCUCCAGAGCCGGAAAAACUCAGCUGCCAGCUUGUACAGGAUGCAAUUGUCUCCCUCUCCUUAUCACCUUGAGUGGUGGGAGUAUGUAAUGGAGUACAGCAAGGACAUAAGCGCGCUUCUGGGGGAUCCCAAAUCGGUUGGAGCUCCAUUGAUUGAAGAUCCGAAUGAGGUUUUUAUAAAGAAAAGUGAGGAGCCAAGCAGUUUGAAGGCAGCAUGGGAGCUGAUGGAAAUGUUCUAUGUGGAUAAGUUAUCUCAACCAUGGUUGCCUGAACGGCUUGUUGAUUGGUUAGCUGAUUAUGAUAGCCUUAUAUCUGUCGAUCUGCCAACUGUUCACUCGAAGCUUGUGGAGUUUCAUAGUGAAAUCGUCACCUUACAGGUAAUUGAGGAUGAUCCCAGGUAUUGGGACUUGAUUUCAUCAGCGCUCGCUGUUGGAUGGUUGGAGAUUGUGGUGAAAUUAUUGCGUUUGCAUGGAUCUUAUCGACUGGAUCAACUUGGGAGAAGAGAGACAGAAAAUGGUCUAGUAGAGGCUGUUGCUGUUCUAAUUUCUAAGAUGCCAUGAAUGCGUCCUGCUAUCGAUGCGGGAAAACUUGGUGAAUGCUUUAAAGCGAAGCCUGACUUUGUGAAGGUAAAAUUUUGAGUGUUGGGUACAUGGAGGCAGAGUAAAUUUUGAAGUAUCUGAUAUUUUUUCCAGUCUCGUUACCCAUACUUCCAUUGCCUUUUGAAUUUUCUUAGGCAUGGGAAAGAUGGCGCGCACAGAUAACUAAAUUGGAUUCUAGUUC